CAGAAGACUAGAAAAGAGAAAUACUUGUACAGUCCAUUUACCAUUUACCAAGCAGCUAACAAUGUCCAUACUGUCUGUUCACAGCUUAGCUGCAUUGCCUGUGAUGGAUCACAACAACCCAGAGAUUGUGACAGAUCCUGGUGGAGAACCUGGUCUAACAGCAGACCAGGAGAAUUCUGAGUCAAUCUGUCCAGAAAAAGAGCAGAGGAGUUCCUGCAUGGUGACCGAGGAUCUGACCACUGAUGGUACUAUGUGUACAUGUUCCUGGUCACAGAGGUCCCUCUCCCGUUCCUUGCAGCGAGCUGAGUCUUUACUCAGAAGCACCUUUAAUCCCAGUCUGAAGUGGCUGUUCCACGGCCACAGUCAAGAUGAGGAAGAGGAAGAGGGAAAUUUUGUGGUCGCUCACAAUCUGGUGUCCCGGUCCUCUGCACGUCUCCUGCGUCUGCAACAAGCUCUUCUGACCAUGGCACCCCAGUGGCAGCCGAUGAGCUGGGCACAGAGGGGAUCUCCACAGGUCUGUGUUAAAGGUGUCCCAGCAGAGGGUGGCGUUCUCAUCCUGCCCUCCUCCUCCGUCCUGCAGGGACACUACACAGCUCUGUGGAGGCUGCUGGAGCAGCGCUCCCUGCUGCUCUUCAUACACGAGUACACCAGGAGGGCUCGCCUAAUGGCAACGUACAUAACCAGAGUGAACCAGCUGCUGGAGGAGCAGCUGGAGAAAUCACAGCGGACACCUAACCAGGUGAGGCUAAACUAUUCUGUGUAAUGUCAAACACAAUGAGAAUCAGCACAACUGUGCAGCUUUUAAGAGAAAAUUAGGCACCUUUUAUGUGGAUGUCCAACCAGUGUUGAUGGUAAAUGUAGUCCAUUUAGCAAUAGUUCCUCAGUGCUGCUAUAUUGACCCGGAGAGCAGUAGAGCUGUGAAUCUUCACUCACCUCACGAUUCCAUUUCCAGUCAUUGAUGCAUCUCAAUGUUUCGCUACUUUUUCAAGAAUUAAUAGAAGCAGUCAGAUAAAUGUGAACUGCAUUGUUAUUUAGAAAGUGCUUUCAAAAACCAGACUACAACAGUCUAAUAUAGAAAAAAGCUGCAUUUUUUUCAACACCUGUAUCUGUGUGAGCCACCUCACUACAUUACAAAACCAAAAUAAGUCCCUCUGCAGGGAAUUACAAGUGUGCUGUAAACCACAAAAAUAAGUCAGUGAGACCAGGGCUGAUGGCCUAUAUAUUGUCGGUUUCUUUAUAUCUUUAUUUUUUAUGUAUUUUAAAAUGACUUGAAUGGACAUUUGUUUAACAGUGCCAUUGUCUGCAUUGUCUUUGUUUGUUGAAAGGAGAUCUGCAGUGCGUAUAUUUUUAGUGAAAAAAUGUAUCAACUAAAUGCAGUUGUCCACUCAUAAUCAAAAAACUAAAAACAUAUGAAUGAAAGAUACACAGUUUUAUAACACUUAAAAUCAUUGAUCAGCAGAUGGCAGCAUCUUUUUUUCUGAGAGACAAUGCAAUAUUGUAAACUUUGAAUGAAAAAUAAACAAACAAUGUUAGGGUAGUGGCCUACCCUGGGCCCCGUUCCUCGUACGUGGUUCAACUAAGUCGAUCAAAUGUCCUAUUAGCCAGCCUAAAUUAACCCGAUGAUUGAAAUCGGGCUAUCUCGGUUUCUCCAAGGCUGAUCCGCUCUCAAACAAUCUCGUUAAUUCAAACCAGACUAUCAGGAUCAGGAUAAUUGCGCGUGCCCGUCCUACUUCAAAAGGGGGAAGCGUCGAUCACCGAAACCAUGAUU